AUGUUCAAAGGUUGUCGACGCGAGGACUCAGCUCCUCACAUCUACUCCGUGGCUCAGUCGGCCUACCGCAACCUGCUCACCACGCGGCAGGAUCAGUCCAUCGUGCUGCUGGGCAAGUCUGGCAGCGGCAAGACCACCAACUGCCAGCACUUGGUCCAGUACUUGGUCUCCAUCGCUGGGAGCACGGGCAAAAUCUUCUCAGCUGAGAAAUGGCAGGCCGUCUACACCAUCCUGGAGGCUUUUGGCAACAGCUCCACGUCUAUGAACACCAACGCCAGCCGCUUCUCCCACGUAGUGUCCCUCGACUUUGACCAGGCCGGGCAGGUGGCCUCCGCCUCCAUCCAGACGAUGCUGCUGGAGAAACUGAGGGUGAGCCGACGACCUGAGGCAGAGUCCACUUUUAACGUCUUUUACUACAUGAUGGCCGGAGCCGACAACAGCCUGAGAACGGAGCUGCACUUUAACCACUUGGCUGAGAAUAGUGCUUUUGGGAUCCUACCACAGUCGAAGCCUGAGGACAAGCAGCGAGCCUCGCAGCAGUUCACCAAGCUGCAGGCAGCCAUGAAGGUGCUGGGCAUCUCUGGUGAAGAGCAGAAGGCCCUCUGGCUCAUCCUGGGGGCCGUUUACCACUUGGGGGCCGCAGGAGCCACUAAAGCGGGACGUAGGCAGUUUGCCCGCCAUGAAUGGGCCCAGAAGGCGGCCUACCUGCUGGGCUGUACCUUGGAGGAGCUGUCCUCCUCUAUCUUUAAGCACCAUGCCAAAGGACUGCAGCACUCCACCUCAUUCAGAGGAGGGUCGGACGAGGCCAGCCAGGGUGACAGCUCAGGCUCUAAGGUCACAGCUCUGGAGUGUUUGGAGGCCAUGGCAUCCGGACUCUACUCUGAGGUCUUCACUCUUGUCAUCUCCCUCAUUAACAGGUUAGACAUCCUGAUAUGUUACUUUAUUAUUGUGAUUUUAUUGGGAGUUGUUUUUCUGAAGCAUUCACAGUGUAGUUUCUACAGGUCAUGCCUACUUUCUUCCCACUAUGUGUUUGUUUUUCUUUUCCUCACUUUCAUUUUAUAUCCCUUACUUUCAUUUCAUAUCCCUUACUUCAACCAUCUUCUUUCUCUCUUACCUUGCUUUCUCCUCAUUCUUUCUUGCUCAACUUUGUGUAGAGUUCUAAUCCAACUUUCUACAGUGUACUUCAACUCCAACUGUCCCGUUUCCCUCUUUCAACUCCUUUAAGGGACGUUCAGAUUC